UAGGAUAUCAACAGUUUACCUGGGACCGUUUCAAGCGGCGCAUCAAGAGGAGAGAACCCAUUCACUGAGAGACAAAGAAAAGAAAUAGACAAACUGCUGGAGGAAAAUAAUUCAUCUGACAGCAAAGAUGCAGUGGAGUCUGAUUCUGCUCUUCCUGAUGGCUCAGUGUUGCUUCAUUGACUGUCAGCUCUAUCAGUUUCACUACAUUAAUCAGAAUAAAAACUGGACUGAAGCUCAGCAGUACUGCAGAGAGAAACACACUGACCUGGCCACAGUGACUAACAUGAAGGACAUGGAGAGACUCAACAACAUCUCAGCUGGAUAUAAGACGGCAGCAUGGAUUGGUCUGUAUGAUCAAACAAAUGGUAACAGAACAUGGUUCUGGUCUCUGCCUGGACUGGAGUUCAAUGAAAGUGAGACAAAAUGGCAGCAAGGAGAACCAAAUGAUGGUGGAAAUCAAGUACCUGAGAACUGUGGGGCUAUGAAUAAAGAUCUCACAUGGCUAGAUGACGGUUGCCAGAAGACUAAAUAUUUCCUCUGCUAUGAUGAAACUAAUAAAACCCAUAAAUAUCACCUGAUUAAAGACAUGAAGACCUGGCUGGAAGCUCAGAGUUACUGCAGAGAGAAACACACAGACCUGAUCAGUGGAACGAAGCAACUACAGGAUGAAGAAGUGAAGAAAUUGAUGAACUCUUCAAGCACUUACCCACACAUUGGUUUAUUCAGAGACACUUGGAGGUGGUCAGAUGGAAACAGUUUCUCUUUCAGACACUGGAAUAAUGACUUUAACUAUCCACAAUCCAACAGUGGUCAAUGUGCCAUGACUGUGUUUAAUGAUGGAGGCAGAUGGAGGAAUGUGAGCUGUGCUGAAAGAAAACCCUUCAUCUGUUAUGAUGAUAAAGUGAUCCUGAUCACAGAAAAUAAAACCUGGGAGGACGCCUUGUACUACUGCAGAGAUCACCACCAUGACCUGGUCACCAUCACCAACAUGGAUGAUCAGAGAUGGAUCCAGGAGAAAGUCAAGAACGCAUCGACUGAUUAUGUCUGGACGGGUCUGCGCUACACCUGCACUCUGGAUUUGUGGUUCUGGGUCAGUGAUGAGGUGGUCAUCUAUAAGAACUGGACCGAAGGUGAACCAAUGGACGACUGUGACAUGUCUGGAGCCAUGGAGACGAAAAGGAACCAUCAGUGGUUCAAAAGAAAUGAUGAUGAGUUGCUUAAUUUCAUCUGUUCUAAAGAGUAAAAUCUACUCUGUUCUUUUG